GCUUAGACUCACAUAUACCGCUUGCCUUGUUUUUUCGCCGUUGGUAUGCAGGGGCGCUGCACCUAAAUCUCGAGCCAAGUUAACAUCAUUGCUGCUCCUCAUGGUGAGAGUUGUUUGUGGGGUCGAGCCUCUCCUUGGAAGUUUGCGCUUCUGAGUUGGUUCAGGUUGAAGAUUUGUCCACGUAAUGGAGUCCUUCAGGGCGGACAGGGUUUAAGCAGGGUUUAGGGUUUAACGGGAUUUUGCCCAGGCUUCAAGGGAAAGAUUCAGACAAAACUAGGUGUUGCCAGGAUUCAUUCUAGCAGGGAUUUGUGUUGAAAAAUCAGUUCAAGAUGGGGAAAGCGGCGAAGAGCACAAAGAAGUUCUCUCAGAAACACUUAGGGGCAACGAUAGCACGGAGGCGGAAGUUGAAGCCUAUGAAAAAUGCCAUAAAGAAGAAAAAAGCUGGAGCUCUUCUUGCAGGGUUUGCGGAAGACCAAGCUAUCGAAAGAACUGAAAAGAGUCAAGUGGAGAAUGGAGGAGGUAGAAAGAAGAGGGUUCAGGAUAUGACUGUCGAUGAGUUGAUGGAAGGAGACUUUCUUGAUAACUUGAGUGACGGAGGCGAAGGUUCUGAAGACGAGGGAGGUUCUGAAGACGACGGACUUUCAGAUGGGGAAAAUGUGAAUGACGAAGAUUUGGAAAAGGCAAUCGCCGAUCUUGAUGCUGAUAUGGAUAAUGAUGAUUCCGAAGACGAGGAUGAGGAUGGGUCAGGAUUGGGUUCACAGAAUAAAAUGCUCAAGUCUGAGGUUUCUAAGCACAAGCAUCAACUUGAAAGCCUGCAACAGAAGGAUCCAGAGUUUUAUCAAUUUUUGAAAGACCAUGACAAGGAGUUGUUGGAGUUUGAGGAUGAAGAUGAAGAUGAAGAUGCAGAGGAUUCCGAAGGAGAUGGGGAUCACAAGAAUAGAAUGGAACUAGAAUCUGAAGGGAAACAAAUUUUAGAGGAUGGUACAACCGUCAGCCUCUCCACAGCUUUGGUUGAGACCUGGUGUACCGCUGUCAAGGAAAAGCAACACGUCGGAGCUCUUAAAAAUCUCCUGCGGGCUUUUCGAACAGCUUGCCAUUACGGGGACGGUGAAAUGGAAGACAUGGGCUCUAAAUAUAACAUCAGUAGCAGUCAUGUUUUCAAUAAGAUCAUGCUUUAUGUACUUCUUGAAAUAGACGGGGUUUUCAAGAAAAUGCUUGGCUUGACGGAUAUGAGUGAGAAUAAAAGUGGAACGGUGGAGGUUCAAAAAUUAUCAAAAUGGAAGAAGUUAGAGCCUUUUGUAAAGUCUUAUUUAGGAAACGCCUUGCAUAUCUUGAAUCAAAUGACCGACAACCAGAUGAUAGCUUUUACUGUUCGGCGAUUGAAAGCGUCUGUUAUUUUUCUGGCCGCGUUUCCCAUUUUGGCGAGAAGAUAUAUGAAGGUGGCACUACAUUUUUGGGGUAGCGGUGAAGGGGCUCUUCCACUUUUGUCGUUUAUGUUUAUUCGAGAGAUGGCUUUGCGUUUAGGAUCGGAUUACUUGGAGGUAUGCCUUAAAGGCAUGUAUAAAGAGUAUGUGGCAAAUUCCAGAUUUGUUAAUCCAACAUCUCUUCCAAGAAUACAUUUCAUGGCAAGCUGUGUUGUAGAGCUCUAUGGUAUCGAUUCAGCAUCUUCAUAUCAGCAUGCUUUCAUCUUUAUUCGCCAGUUGGCAAUUGUUCUUCGCAAUGCACUUACCAUGAAAACUAAGGAAGCAUUCAAACAAGUGUAUAGAUGGCAGUAUAUCAAUUCGUUGAACGUUUGGGUAAGGGUGCUCUCCACAUACAAGGAACAGCUGCGUCCUCUAGUGUAUCCAUUAUCGCAGGUCAUCGACGGUGUGGCGCGGUUAGUACCAACAGCUCGAUAUUUUCCAUUACGUCUUCAGUGCGUUCGUAUGCUCAACAGGCUUUCGGCUGCCACUGAUGCGUUUGUUCCAGUUGCAUCUCUUCUCUUGGAUAUGCUACAAUUCAAAGAUUUGCACAUGAGUCCAACUGGCGGGGUUGGAAAGGGUCUUGACUUUUCAACGAUGAUAAAGGUCCCUAAGCAAGCAGUGAAGACACGUGCCUUCCAGGACGAUUGUGUAACAGGAGUUAUUGAGCAGCUGACAGAGCACCUGGCUCAAAACAGUUACUCCGUUGCAUUCCCUGAGCUGUCUGUGGUACCGCUUGUGCAACUUCGGCGAAUGUUGAAGGAGAUUAAAGUGGACCGGUUUCGCAAAUUGAUCAAGCAGUUGGUGGAACAGAUCGAGCGUAACGUUGAGUAUGUGGGGAAGAAGCGUGAUGGUGUUUCGUUCUCCCCGAAGGAUAUCUCUUCUGCUUCGUCAUUCUUGGAGGAAGAUAAAAAGGCAGGCUCCAGUCCACUGUCGAAAUUUUCUGUUUCUCUGCAACAACGAGCUGCACAACGGCAGGCUGCCCUUCGUACAUCCAGUGUGGUGGUUGGAGGGGACAACGAGCGGGUUGCAGAUAGCGAUGACGAAGAAGAUGACGAGACGGUAGUUAAGGAGGGAGCUAAGGCAUUCAGUAAUGACUGGUUACCUUCCAAGAAAGCAUCAGAACGCCAAUCUGAAAAUAAAGUGGUCAUUACAAAAGCUGCUGAUGGUGAUAACGACGAGGAUGAGGACCGCGUGGAAGACCUGGUGCUGUCUUCAUCUGACGAAGAUGCGGAUGAAAUGGACGAGGAUGAUGAUAACGAGGUUUUGGGAAGUGGCUCGGAAUUGGACUCUGAUAAUGACGAACAGGAGAUUUCCUCAAGAAAACCGAAAAAGUCCACUGGACACAAGGACACAAAGGAUGUGGCGAAUGGAGGAGCCAGUACGAGGGGUGCCUCCAGAGGUAGAGGGGGUAAUAGAGGCGCUUCCCGAGGAGGCAAUAGUGGAGGAAGAGAUGCAUCUCCAGGAGGCAAGAGAGGAGGAUUUAAGAACCAACGCGGAUCCGCAGGUGGUAGGCGAGGAGGAAGAGGAGGAUCUCCUGGAGGUUACAGAGGAGGAAGAGGAGGAUCUCCCGGAGGUAACAGAGGAGGGUUUAGGGGUGGUAAGAGAGGAAGCAAAAGGGGGAGGGAAUGAGGAUAUCGAUUAGCAUCUUGAGCAUUUAGGCUCUAGUAACUAGCUGUAUGAAGAAACACAUACGAAUCAUUUUUCUUUCUAUGAUAGAUAGUCAUUCUUGCAGUGACAUAACGAUUUGAAGUAACAGUAUUUAUCAUAUAUUGAUUUUUGCGUGAUGCUGACAAAGGGAAUUUGCAAAAUUGUCAGUCUUCGAGUGUUUUGUACCA